CAGCCGGGACAGCGGGGACAGCGGGGACAGAGGGGACAGCGGGGACAGCCGGGACAGAGGGGACAGCGGGGACAGCGGGGACAGAGGGGACAGAGGGGACAGAGGGGACAGCCGGGACAGCCAGGACAGCGGGGACAGCGGGGACAGAGGGGACAGCGGGGACAGCCGGGACAGCCGGGACAGCGGGGACAGCGGGGACAGCGGGGACAGAGGCAGGUGGGGACAGAGGGGACAGAGGGGGACAGAGGGGACAGAGGGGACAGAGGGGACCCAGGACAGAGGGGACAGCGGGGACAGAGGGGACAGCGGGGACAGUGGGGACAGCGGGGACAGAGGGGACAG